CAUGGACAAGAUCCUGGAGGGCCUGGUGAGCUCGUCGCACCCGCUGCCGCUGAAGCGGGUGAUCGUGCGGCGGGUGGUGGAGUCGGCGGAGACGCCGCUGAGCCAGGCGCAGUGCCGCGCCAUGUUCGCGCUGAGCACGCGGCUGGUGCUGCAGGGCCCCGACGCCUUCCAGCGGCAGGUGGGGCGGCAGGUGCUGGAGGCCUACGGCCGCCACCACCGCGCCGAGUUCGAGGCCUUCUUCAACCGCGGGCUCGUCCUGGGCCUGCUGCAGCGCGGCUACGGGCAGCUCAGCGGCCGCGACCCCGCCAUCCUCGACUACAUCCAGGCCGGGCUGCGCCUCAUCAUGAGCUGCCCCUCGGUGCUGGAGCUCUUCGAGCUGCUGCAGGUGGAGGCGCUGCGGCUGGUGUGCGAGCGCCCGGCGCCGCCGCUCUGCGCCCGCCUCUGCCAGCUCCUGGGCGACUUCCCGCAGUGCCUGCCCCGCGGCAGGAAGCUCUCGCUCGCCUUCUGCCAGCAGCUGGUGCGCAGCAUCGCCCACUUCCAGAGCCAGGGCGCCCGCGAGGCCGAGCUGCGCCUCUACGUCUCGCAGGUGACGCAGGUGAGCGGGCUGCUGCGCAGCGUCUGGAAGGCCGAGCCCGACACGCUGCUGCCCUCCCUGCAGGAGCUCUUCGCCGUCAUCUCUGCCGCCGGUGAGCAGGGGACGGGAUGGCACGGGACUGGGCUGGUGAGCAGCGGCCUAGAAAACAACAGACGGCUGAGGCAGCCAGGUGUCCGCUUCACGCAGCCUAAAGCCGUUGGGAGCUCUCCCGAGUUGCGCUUCUCUGGUCGUCCAGCAAGCAAAGCAGUUGGUUGCUUUGAAGUGAAAAGGCAGCAGAGGGAAUGGCAUUUAUUUAUGAUUUGCUAUACUUCAUUUGAACCUUCUGUUGCACUGGCAAGUCUUGUACAGCACAUACCAUUACAGAUGAUUACGGUGCUCAUCAGGAGCCUUACUACAGAUCCAAAUGUGAAAGAUGCAAGUAUGACUCAAGCUCUGUGCAGAAUGAUUGACUGGUUGUCCUGGCCUCUGGCUCAGCAUGUGGAAACAUGGGUGAUUGCACUGCUGAAAGGACUAGCUGCAGUCCAGAAAUUUACCAUCCUCAUUGAUGUCACUCUGCUUAAGAUUGAAUUGGUCUUUAAUCGACUUUGGUUUCCUCUAGUGAGGCCUGGUGCUCUUGCUGUCCUUUCCCACAUGUUACUUAGUUUCCAGCAUUCUCCAGAGGCUUUUCAUUUGAUUGUCCCACAUGUGGUCAGUUUGGUUCACUCCUUCAAAAGAGAUGGCUUGCCUUCCAGUACAGCUUUUCUGAUGCAGCUGACUGAGUUGAUACACUGUAUGAUGUAUCAUUAUUCAGGAUUUCCAGAGCUUUAUGAACCCAUUCUGGAAGCUAUUAAGGAACUACCCAAACCCAAUGAAGAGAAGAUUAAGUUGAUUCUCAGUCAAAGUGCCUGGACUUCUCAAUCCAGUUCUUUGCCAUCGUGUUUAUCUAGACUUUCUGGAAAAUCUGAAACUGGGAAGACUGGUCUAAUUAAUCUAGGAAAUACUUGUUACAUGAACAGUGUUAUUCAGGCACUUUUUAUGGCUACAGAUUUCAGGAGACACGUUUUAUCUCUGAAUCUAAAUGGAUGCAAUUCACUAAUGAGAAAAUUACAACAUCUUUUUGCAUUUUUGGCCCAUACCCAGAGGGAGGCAUAUGCACCUAGAAUUUUCUUUGAGGCUUCUAGACCGCCAUGGUUUACUCCUCGGUCUCAGCAGGAUUGCUCAGAAUAUCUCCGGUUCCUGCUAGACAGGUUGCACGAAGAAGAGAGAACCUUGAGAGCGCUGUCAUCAGCAAAGACUGCUGAAAGUAUAAUGAAUGAAGAGUCCCAGUCACAAGAAACUAUCCAUAAAGCCCAGCUGUUUGCUGAAGCACCUUAUACAGGAAGUGAAGAGAGAACUUUGAUAGAGAAAAUGUUUGGAGGAAAACUCAAGACUAGUAUAUGCUGUUUAAACUGCAAAAGUACUUCUCAAAAGGAAGAAGCUUUCACAGAUCUCUCUCUAGCUUUCUGUCCUCCAGCUGCCUUGGAGAAUCUUGGCCCCAAAUGUAUGGAACAUUCUGAAGUGAGAGAUGAUUACGUGGUACAAAGUAGUACUUCAGCAUCCAAUGUGGCUGAAGAAACAACUCUCAAUAAUUUGGAAGUAAAUGGUGGAUGUGACACAAUUAUGAAUGAAGGAACCAUAAAAAAAUUUUCUACUGAGCCAAACUCUGAGAAUACUGCAAAUUCUGAACUCAACAAAGUUCAAGAUAAUAGCGAUAUAUCUCAGAGGCUAGUAGGUAAAAAUACUCCAUCAGUUACAGACUUACUGAAUUAUUUUCUGGCACCUGAGAUCCUCAGUGGAGAAAACAAGUAUUAUUGUGAAAAGUGUGCCUCUCUACAGAAUGCUGAGAAAACUAUGCAAAUCAUUGAGGAACCUGAAUACCUCAUUCUCACUCUUUUGAGAUUUUCGUAUGAUCCAAAGUGUCAUAUAAGGCGCAAAAUCUUGGACAAUGUGUCUCUGCCGCUUGUUUUGGAACUGCCAGUCAAAAGAGCAACAUCUCCUCUAGCUGUAGUUUCAGGAGGUUGGUCUGUUGAUGUUGAGAUUUCUGAUAUUGGAGAAAAUCUUGCUAAAAAACUGAAGCCCUCAGGUGCUGAUGAAGUGACCUGCCCACAGCUGGUGCCCUACGUGUUAAGCUCUGUGGUGGUGCACUCUGGUGUAUCCUCUGAAAGUGGACAUUACUAUUCUUAUGCUAGAAAUGUAACUGGUUCAGGGCCCUCAGGACUGUGCCACCAGUCUAAAGCUCUGUCUUUAGUUUCUUCCCAGAAUAACUUGUUGGCAGAGGAGAGUUCUUGUACUGUUCUAGAAAAUGAGCUAGACAGUGAGAUGCCAAAAGAAUGGUUUCUGUUCAAUGACAGCAGAGUGACAUUUACCUCAUUUCAGUCAGUCCAGAAAAUUACCAGUAGAUUUCCAAAGGACACUGCUUAUGUUCUGUUUUACAAAAAGCAGAAUAACACCUGUGGCUUCAGUACCAGUUCAGCGAACGGACUCUGGAUAAAUGGAGACCCUCCCCUACAAAAAGACCUCAUGGAUGCAAUUACAAAAGAUAACAAACUAUACUUACAGGAGCAAGAGCUUAGUGCUCGAACACAGGCACUGCAAGCUGCUUCAGCCUCAUGCUCUUUCCGACCCAAUGGAUUUGAUGACAAUGAUCCCCCAGGAAGUUGUGGACCGACAGGUGGAGGGGGCGGCGGGGGGUUCAGUACUGUUGGUAGAUUGGUCUUUUGACUCUGAAGACAACCUGGAGUACACUGGUUCCAAAGCAGCUUGUUACUGCUGAGGACAAUUAAAAUAUUGAACUUUGUCAAAUAUUGUACCAUGUUUUGAGACUUGAUCCUUGUUGAAUAACAAAUGUUGGGGUUUGG